GUGCAGGCGCGAUGGCUUUGAGGGCCAGUGUCUUUGAGUAGCGGGGGUGUAGAGGCGUGCGGGCUAGAGGUUCGGCCCGAGGGCUCAGGACCGGGGUCUUUGGGGAGCGGCCGGGGUCGCAGAGAGAACCUAGGAUCGUUGCCCGCCGCCACCACCAGGCAUGUCGGCCGAGGCCUCGGGCCCGGAGGCGGCCGAGGCCCCGUCCCUGGAAGUCCCUAAGCCCUCAGGUCUCGAGCCUGGCUCUGCCGCCUACGGUCUCAAGCCACUGACCACGAACAGCAAGUACGUGAAGCUGAACGUGGGCGGCUCGCUGCACUACACAACGCUGCGCACCCUCACGGGACAGGACACCAUGCUCAAGGCCAUGUUCAGCGGCCGCGCGGAGGUGCUCACUGACGCCGGAGGUUGGGUGCUGAUUGACCGGAGCGGCCGCCACUUUGGUACAAUCCUCAACUACCUGCGGGACGGGUCCGUGCCACUGCCUGAGAGUACCAGAGAACUGGGGGAGCUUCUGGGCGAAGCACGCUACUACCUGGUACAGGGACUGAUUGAGGACUGCCAGCUGGCACUGCAGCAAAAAAGGGAGAACCUGUCCCCGCUGUGCCUCAUCCCCACGGUGACAUCUCCCCGGGAGGAGCAGCAGCUCCUGGCCAGCACCUCCAAGCCCGUGGUGAAGCUCCUGCACAACCGCAGUAACAACAAGUACUCCUACACCAGCACUUCAGACGACAACCUACUUAAGAACAUCGAGCUGUUUGACAAACUGGCCCUGCGCUUCCAUGGGCGGCUGCUUUUCCUCAAGGAUGUUCUGGGGGAUGAGAUCUGCUGCUGGUCUUUCUACGGGCAGGGCCGCAAAAUCGCUGAGGUGUGCUGCACCUCCAUUGUCUAUGCCACGGAGAAGAAGCAGACCAAGAUACUUCCUGAGCACUGCAAGAGGCUUGAAAUCAAGGUGAAUAAGAUGCUGAGUAAAGUACAGCCCACUGUCAUGACGUCUGGCCCCUGAAGAUCUUAUCAGCCUGGUCCCUUCUGACCUUGACAUGAAGGAUGUGCCUCAGAUACACUGGAGAUCUUGAAAGUCUCUAAGCACCCAGUGCUAUUUCACACCCCCCUACCUUUGCACACACUAUUCCCUCUUCUUGGAAUUAUUUUUCCUCAUUCCUGUCUGCCUAAUGGACUUGUGCUUAAUCUUUAAGACAUAAGCCAAGCAUCACUUUCUUUGGGACACCACUCAUGAACUUUCAACCCAACAACCCCAGACAAAGUUGGUCAUACCCCCCUGUCAGCUAAACACAAUGUUGAUUGUAGUCUGCUGGGGAUGGGGGAGUAGGAGUGUUUACUUCAGCAGCAAGGAGUUAGCUUCUUGAGAGUAGAGCUGAAUUUCUUUUUUUUUCCCCUAUCUCUGUAGCACUAGCCAGGCCUUUAUCACGCCACGCCACAGAAGCUAGGAAACAUUUAUUGAAUGCAUGAAUGAAUGAAUAAUCCAGUUUCCAAGUAGCUUCCUCUGUAAUUGGGAAGACAGGAAGACAAACCAGUAAUGAGGAUGCAGCUUGUUAAAGUUUUGUUGUUUAUAUCCCUCCAAGCCACACAAGGGGAACCCAUAACCACCUCUUCAUCCCUUACUACUCUCCUUCACUCUGCCUUGUUGCUUCGGCCUUGCGCUGAUCUUCAAAUACACUAAGCGAAUUCCUGACCCCAGAGCUGUUCCAUUCCCAGACUGAUCUUUCUCUAGUUCUCCAUCUGGUUCCUUCCCUCCUUUCCUUUGGCUGUUGGUCGGAUGUCACCUCAGUGAGGCCUUCUCUGAACUCCCUCUUUAAAGUUGUAAUAUUCCUGGCGGUGGCCACCCCCACAUCCUUUUCCUGCUAUAAUUUUUCCGUAACAUUUAUAGUCAUCUGACACUUUAUAUCUUAUUAAAUGUAUGUCUGGGUCCUCACCCUAGAAUGUAAACUUCCUGCGGACAGGAACUUUGCCUGUUUUGUUCACUGCUAUAUUCCCAAUGCCCAGAACAACACCUGGUACAGUGCAGUCACUCAGGAAAUAUUUGUCAAAUGAAAAGAUAUACCAAGAGACAUGGCAACAAAGGACAGAAAACAAAUAACUCUAUGCCUGACUUCAGAGCUGGACCUUGAAGUAGAAGUGUGACUUAGCUGAGCAAAGAAGUUGCAAAGAGGACAGUCCCAGCUAAAGGAACCUGUGACUGCAGAGGCUAGGAGGCUGCAGAGGCUAUAGGAGUCGACAGACAGUGCAGGAGCAGCCUGGGGGAGGGGGUGGCUGCGUAGUAGUUGAGCCAGAGG